AUGGCCAAUGCCUUGUUUCAAGCAGCAGAUACGAACAAAGACAAUAGGUUGGAUUUAAAUGAAUUUCGAAAUCUUGUAAGUCAAAACAUUGGUGGUGGUGGUGGUGGUCAACAGGGAUUUAGUGAUGGAUCUGGCUUUGCAGGAUCAAGUUAUGGGGGAUAUAGUGGGGAUGCUGGAGCUGGAGGCUAUCAAGAAUCGUCAUUCCAAUCAGGCGCGUAUGAAUCGUCAGCGGGUUACGGAGGAAAUGUGAGUAGUCAAUUCGGGGCACAAGGCGGAUUCGGACAAGGGGGAUACGAGCAAAUUGGUACAAGUGGUUAUGGUAAUACAGGCGAUUUAUCAGGUGGUUACGGAUCUUCUAGUUUUGAAAGCUCAUCUUAUUCAGCGUCCGGAAUAGGAGGUACUGAUACUACUGGUCAAGGUUAUGGAAAUGGUGUAUUUGGUCAAACCGAUUUUACUCAAUCGGGCGGAGCAGCAUCGUCAUUUGAAAGUAGUUCACAAGCCACUUCUGUUCAACAAUAUGCUACCGACGCCAAAGGCUUAUUUCAAGAUCCAAAUCCACAAAUAAUCAGACGACAAGCACCAGGCGGAGCAAUCACAUAUAAACAAAACAUUCUGGUUCGAUUUUUGCAACCGCCUGCAAUUCCCCCACCCGGUCCAUUGAUCAUCAAAGAAGUUCGACCACCACAGCCACCAGCGCCACCACCGCUCGUUGUGCGUCAACGCGCCCCAGCACCACCACAAGUAAGUCUAGUAGUUCUUCAAAACACAUAUCCAACUCUAA